AUGUCAUCAGAACACCCCGUGGUGCCGCCAGCCCCUGUGACAACGAGCAGGUCUCCAGUGUUUGUGUCUCCCUACAACUGUACGUACCGGGGGCAGAGGGCGAGUCCAGGGGAGUGCAGAACGUUCGGAGACCGGGGGAUGGACCGCUGGCUCUGUGCCUCCAACGGCGGCCGGUUCAAGUGCAGGAUGUGCCAGUCCUCUGGGCCAGACCUCUGUCCUGUCAUGUGUGGCCUUUGUGACGCCCCGUGCAAAGGAAAGAAGUGUCUCAACGGAGAGUUGGACCCGGAUACCUGCAAGUGCGCAUGCACGAAACACUACACAGGAGACACCUGUGAUGAGAUGGACUGUCCAGACAAAGACAAGUGGUCAUGUGUCUACUACAAGAAGGUUUACUGUAGGAUCUUCCCGAGUAUCCCCGUCAAGUGUCCCUACCUGUGUGGCAUCUGUACAAAGCACAAAAUGUCGCCAUAA